GUCCGCCUGGUCAAUAAGUGUCCCACCUCACCACACCUCCAUGACCGCGUCUCCCACCUCACCUCCCACUCCCCCCACCGCCGAUCGCCACUUUCUCCGCACGAACUACGCCGACGGCGAGCUCUCGGUGGCGACGAGCGCUCGGCCCCGCUUGCUCGAUCGCUCAGGCCUAGGAAUCGGUUUGGGAAUCGUGCUCAACGACCCAGAUCUGAUUAGGGAUGAGCGAAACACCGAGGGGUCGGGGGGCAUCGACAGAAGAUUUGGAGGCGCUCCUGAAGACGGCGAACAGGCUGGAGAAGGCGGCGGUAAGGGCGGCGGAGAAGGCGAGGAAUGCGAAGCUGGUCCUCGUCGAGCAGAUUCUGGCGAGGGUGACAGAGGAAGAGAGCGAGCGAUUAUUUUGAUUGGGCUCAACUCUAGAGCCGGAGCAGGUGCUGGAUUGGGCGGCAGAGGAAGCCGCGUCGACAUCGAGGAUUCAGAGGGCGAGAUGGAGAUUAUUCCGGCGAGACCCCUGGUAAGCUCUGGGCAACUGGGGGAGGUGUUGAUUGGAGAGGUCUCCGUUCAGUUGGUUCGAUUGGAACCACGAGCAAGCUCUCCCUGUCGUCCCUCCCCGUUCCGGGCGUCUCCGGCGAGGGCACGAGCUUGCAGGCGAGCAGCUGCGGUGCGGGAUUCGGCCAGAGCUGCUGGUCGGUGGGCCCCGGGUGUCAGCGUGGGGGAGCAGAAGACGGGAGUGGGAGACUGUUUUCGACAGGAGAAAGCACACUCUCAAAAACUGCUUUCUCAGGAUGGUGAGGAGGUAGUUGAGGUAUUUGGGCAGCUGUGGUCUGUGCCGUCUCCAAGAAAGGCUAGGGUUCCGCCACCAGGAGGGGGGCUGGUCUAGAUUCGCAAGGACCUCUUCCUCUCCAAAAAAUUCGGGUCCGGCUCUCCUGCUGGGAGCCCUGCACCCACUAUUGUGCAGGGCCAACCAGCGGCCAACACGAGGCCUGGUGGACCCCACCACUUAAUAAACAAAUUUUGUUUUGUUUAAUUUUCUGAAAAGUCCUUCUCCUUGCCUUAUCCGCCGCGGACGCUUCGAGCUAGUACUACCAUUAUUCCACUGAACUAAGCUCCGUGAGUGAGAGAGAUAGAGAGUUCCAGAAAGUGAGGUCCGCCGUCCGGCAGCGUCGUGGUCGUGGCGAGCAACAGAGGGAGCAGCCGCGGCUGCUGCUGCCUGACUCCGGCGCGCCCAAGCCCCGGCCAAGGCUGGAGCAGCUGCUCUGGCAUGCCGCCGUUCCCCUCCUGGACCGACCAGAUCCCUUGGAGAAGGUGGGGAACUGCAGGGCAUGCGGCCGGCUGGGUGCAGCACUGCUUCGCUGGGAUGCCGCAAGAGGCCGUGCAGGCGCACAUCAAGACGGGAGCCAGAUGCACACUCGCCGGACAGAGGUUACAGAUUCAAGACACAAUAACAAACCUAUGGUUGAAGUCGCAGGAGCUCCUUCCAUGCCGAAGAACACCGUAGAUGCUGGUCCACGUGAGAGGGCAAUUCUCUAUCGAUCCUGAUCUAUUCUCGUGUGAUCCACAAUGGAGUAGAUAGAUAGGAGAAAGGAUGUUGGCGAUUUUGGCGGCAAUCUGUUGAUACGCGCGAGAAAGAAAGGCAGUUUUACUGAUUUUAUGUAAUUAGAGAGAUACGGGCUGGUUGUUUUAGUGAUGGGGUCCACCAGGCCACGUGUUGGCCGCUGGUUGGCCCUGCACGAUAGUGUGUGCAGGGAUCCCAGCAGGAGAUCCCAUCCGAAAAAUUCACACCAGAAGAUUGCUAUCCUGCGAGAGUGAGAGGGAGACAGAUCCAGGCGAAGAAGAUCAGCUUCUCGAAGGAGUUGUGGCGGGGCGGUGCUGUUCGGGCGACCUACGCUGAGGUGGUCAAGGGCAUGGCAGGCAACAGGGGUGGGGGUCACCGUGGUGGAGGAGGUGGUACUGGCCGUGGAGAGGGGCCUCGCCCGAGCGGUCAGGUACACACUCAAAACCCUGGUCAGAUCCCGAGCCAAUCUGGUGACCUGAAUCCACAAGGGCCGCCACCGUUGCAGCAGAUGCAUCCAGGUAACUUCCAAAAUAUGCAACAAUUUGGGGGAGCUAGCAACUUACAAGGGAUGCCUCCUUGGCAUGGGAUGCAAUUUCCUCAGUUCAAUUAGUGGCCUCAGCAAUACUUGCCUGGUUUGCCUAGCUUGCCUGUGAUACACCAACAACAACAGCAGAUGCCAAUUAUGCACCAUCAGCAGCAGCAGAUGCAGUUUGGUCACGCCCCAGAGCAAAUGCAACCUGGUAAUCAGAUGCAAGGAUUUGGAGAGGGGCAGUCUAGCACUCACCAGCAGAUUUCUCAAAACCAAGAGAAGAGGAAAAGCAAGAGCUUCUCCCAGAAAGAGGUGCAAAGGAAAUCUGGAGAUGACAAGUCUGAAAGCUCUCAGAGCAGGAAUGAGGAAGUGGUGGUCAACUAUGAUCCAAAAAUGAGAGAUGUUAUAUGCUAUAACUGUGGAGAACCAGCACACUUUGUGGGAACAUGUCCAGUGCCCAAAAAGUGUUUCAUCUGUCACAAACCAGGGCACCAUAUGGACAACUGUUCGGAAUGGUACAAACCGCAAGCUACUGCUCAAUACUUUGGCAGUGCUAAUGCAGGGCUAGGUUUCUUUCACAUUGAAUCAGAUGGCAAAGAGGCUGUUAAAUGGCUAAAUAUGUCCAAUGUUUGUGUGGCUGUUAUUGAAGAAGGGUCCAUCACAACACAAGAGCUGAAGAACAAUUUCUCUGAGAUAUGGAAAACUAACUGGCCAUGGCAGGUGAGGCAGUUGACUGAGAAGAGGUUCCUAGUUAGGUUCCCACCUCACCAAAAGGUAAAAGAUUUGGUAGAGCUACCCUCCAUUAGUCUCAGAAAGAAAGGGGUGACAGUUUCUUUUGAUAAGUGGGAUGGAGAGGAGGUGGCCUAUGCUGAAUUGCAAGAGGUGUGGGUAACCAUGAUUCGGAUCCCUGUCAACAAACUCACUUGGAAAGUAAUCUCUCAGAUCACUUACAUCUUGGGGGUCUUGAUUAAUGUGGACUGGCAUGAGAUAUUUAGAAGUUUCUAUGAAAAGGUUAAAGUGCAGGUGGCUGUAAGGGACAUAUCAAAGAUCCCUACAGAAAGGCUGGUAGAGAUUGACAAGGAACUGUUUCUUAUUUGUUUCCUUGUUGACAUAGCUCCAGUUGCUGGAAGUGUGAACCCAAGUAAUAGUGGUGAAGAAAAAUCAGAUGAUGACCUGUUGGAGGGGAGUCCUGAAAGAGACAUGCAAAUGCAAGGCCCCAAAGACAUGGAAACUGACAAGAGCAAAAACCCCAAGUCUGGGGGCCCACCCCAAAAUUCACAAAAAGGUCCCACUAAGUCCAAGACCCCUGUGGAACUGGUGAAUUCACUAGAAAAAAGGGUGCAAAGUGCAAUACUGAGUCUGCAAAAUGACUCUCACAUGAAGAAGACUGUGGAGAAGAAAAACCCUGAAGACAACAUUGCUAUUCAACUGCUGGACCAAUUUGAUGAAGAGUCUGAUGGAGAUGGGGCCACUUUGGAGGUGCCAAAACCACAAAAGCACAAAUGGUGGCCUGUGGUGGCACCUAGAGUGAGCACGGAAUCAAAAGAGAUGGGAGGAAUGCUAUUCAAAAGGCUGAAGACCUCAGAAAGCUAAAAGAUCUAGAAGUUCCUAAAGGUGGUGCUGGGGAGAAUUGCAGGAUACUGCAACUCCUGGAAGAUCCUAUGCAAAGGAAAUGUAAAAGAGCGCGUGGAAAUGUUCACUGCGGCUAUAUGGGAGGAGGCAAGAAAACCACCGCUGCUGCUCUGGCCAGAGCCAGGCUGAAGAAGAACGAGCUCUGGCGGCUGUACUCUCUGCAAGAGAUGGGUGGCUUGGUGGGCAUGGAGGAGAGCCCGUUCCAUGGAGAGCUGAUGUGGCCUCCUGUCUCAUCUUAAAAUGUCGAGUAGCUAGUUUAUGUUUUAGCGUGUUUUAUCCAAACUGUUGCUUUAUUGCCUAGGUUCGGCGUUGCUGUUUUGCUCUGCAAAAAUGUUGCCGGAGAGAUACUCAAUCUCCUCCCGCGGUCUGUAAUAUGUUGUACUCGGUGUGUUUCAUUUUCUAUGGAAAUGGAACAGGGGCGGGGCUGCCCUUUUCUUCUAAAAAAAAAUAUAGUGUGAAACUGUGUUUUUUGUGGAGCUCCGGCAUGGUGUCAUUUGUUCGGG